GCUGGGGGGGGCUGUUCCCGGUGCACGCCCGCGGCCCCGCCGGGGUGCCCUGCGGGCCGGUCAAGAAGGAGAAGGGCAUCCACCGGCUGGAGGCCAUGCUGUACGCGCUGGACCGCGUCAACGGCGACCCGCGCGUGCUGCCCAACCUGACGCUGGGCGCCCGCAUCCUGGACACCUGCUCCAGGGACACCUACGCCCUGGAGCAGGCGCUGAGCUUCGUGCGCAGCCUCCUGCCCCCCGAGGGGGGCGAGGGCAGCUGCCCCGACGGGUCGGCCCCGCGCCGGCCCCCGCCCGAGCGCCUGGUCGGGGUCAUUGGGGCGUCCGCCAGCUCCGUGUCCAUCAUGGUGGCCAACGUGCUGCGGCUGUUCGCGAUCCCCCAGAUCAGCUACGCCUCCACGGCCCCCGAGCUGUCGGACCCCGGGCGUUACGAGUUCUUCUCGCGGGUGGUGCCGCCGGACUCGUACCAGGCGCAGGCCAUGGUGGCCGUGGUGCGGGCGCUGGGCUGGAGCUACGUCAGCACGCUGGCCUCCGAGGGCAACUACGGCGAGAGCGGCGUCGAGGCCUUCGUGCAGAGCUCCCGCGAGGCCGGGGGCCUGUGCAUUGCUCAGUCUAUCAAGAUCCCGCGGGAGCCGAAGCCAGGGGAGUUUGCCAAGGUCAUCGGGCGCCUGAUGGAGACGUCAACCGCGCGCGGGGUCGUGCUCUUCGCCAACGAGGACGACAUCCGGCGGGUGCUGGAGGCCGCCACGCUGGCCAACCUCUCGGGCCACUUCUCGUGGGUGGGCUCGGACAGCUGGGGGGCCAAGAUGGCGCCGGUGCAGGGCCUGGAGGAGGCGGCACACGGGGCCAUCACCAUCCUGCCCAAACGGGCCUCGGUGCCCGGCUUUGACGAGUACUUCACGUCGCGCUCGCUGGAGAACAACCGCCGCAACCUCUGGUUCCACGAGUUCUGGGAGGAUGACUUCAACUGCCGCCUGCCCCACGGCACCGCGCCCCACGGGGACGCCGCGGGGGCACCCGGAGCGCCCGUGCGCAAGUGCACAGGGCGGGAGCGCAUCGGGCGGGACUCGCCCUACGAGCAGGAGGGGAAGGUGCAGUUUGUCAUCGACGCCGUGCUGGCCAUGGCCCACGGGCUGCACUCGCUGCUGGGCGAGGCCUGCCCGGGCGGGGGGCUCUGUGCCCACAUGGACCCCCCCGACGGGCGCCGCCUGCUCACCCACAUCCGCAGGGUGGCCUUCAAUGGCAGCGCGGGGACACCGGUGUCCUUCAACGAGAACGGGGACGCCCCCGGGCGCUACGACAUCUUCCAGUUCCAGGGGGGCAACGGCACCGGGGCCUACCGGGCUGUGGGGCAGUGGGUGCAGGGGCUGCACCUGCAGGAGGACGCCAUGGCCUGGGGCUCCAACUCGUCGUCGCCGCCGCCCUCGGUGUGCAGCCUGCCGUGCGGCCCCGGCGAGCGCAAGAAGCCGGUGAAGGGAGUUCCGUGCUGCUGGCACUGUGAGCUCUGCGGGGGCUACCAGUACCGGGCCGACCUGCUCACCUGCCUGCCCUGUGCCCCUCACCUGCGCCCCACGCCCAACCGCACCGCCUGCCGCCCCACACCUGUGCUGCGCCUGCGCUGGGGCGACCCCUGCGCCGCCGUCCCGCUGGCCCUGGCCACGCUGGGGCUGAUGGCCACCGCCUUCGUGCUGGCCACCUUCGUGCGGCACCACGAGACGCCGAUCGUCAAAGCGUCGGGGCGCGAGCUGAGCUACGUCCUGCUGGCCGGCAUCGCCCUGGUCUACGCCAUCACCUUCCUCAUGGUGGCCGAGCCCGGCGUGGGGGUCUGCGCCCUGCGGCGACUCUUCCUGGGCAUGGGCAUGAGCCUGACCUACGCCGCGCUGCUGACCAAGACCAACCGCAUCUACCGCAUCUUCGAGCAGGGGAAGCGCUCGGUGACGCCGCCGCGCUUCAUCAGCCCCACCUCGCAGCUGGUCAUCACCUUCACGCUCAGCGGGCUGCAGCUGGUGGCCGCGGCCACCUGGCUGCUGGUCCGGCCACCCCACGCCCUCAUCGACUACGAGAUGGGCCGGACCCCCGACCCAGAGGCGGCGCGGGGGGUCCUGCGCUGCGACAUGGCCGAGGGGGCCACGCUGGCCUGCCUGGCCUAUGCCCUGCUGCUGAUGCUCACCUGCACCGUGUACGCCGUCAAAGCGCGCGGCGUCCCCGAGACCUUCAACGAGGCCAAGCCCAUCGGCUUCGCCAUGUACACCACCUGCGUGGUGUGGCUCGCCUUCGGGCCCAUCUUCUUCGGAGCCGCCCAGUCGGCAGAGAGGGUGCACGUGCAGACGGCCACGCUGACGGUGUCCAUGUCGCUGUCGGCCUCGGUGCCGCUGGGGCUCCUCUACGCCCCCAAGGUCUACGUGAUCCUGCUGCACCCCGAGCGCAACCAGCCCAAGCGGCGCGGUGCUGACCCCCCCCCGUAGGGACCCCCAGAUUGGGGGACCCCCGGCACCCCAAAACCCCCGACCCCUAGAGCCCCCUCCCCACAAAUAAAACU